UCGGUAGGUGUGUCAGUCAGGGGGAGUAGAGUCUAAGUGGUGAGGAGUGGAACCACUGUCUCGUUGUGCAUCAAUCACCAUGGUUGACACCCGUAGUGGGAAGAGUACUGCCCCGUCCGAGGCCGAACAGGCCCGGAUCGCCGCCCUUUUGAGAGAGAGAAAGGAGAAGAAAAAGUUCCUUAAACAAGUGAAGCUAAAGGCCAUUGCAGAGGAGCAGGCGAUGAAGAAGAAGAGAUUGGAGGAGGGGAUGCUGAAAUUUCAAAAGGGGAAGAUGAUGAUGUUAGAGAGAGAGGAGGAGGAAGGAAGAAGGGCUACAGAGGAAGAAGCAGCAGCAGAGGAGGAGGAAGAAGAAGAAGAAGAAGAGCCCCUUGAAAGGAGACGUGGAGAAGAGAGAGGGGAAGCAAGUGGCACGAAGGAGGAGGACAGAUGGAGGGAAAGGAAGAUUAGUGAAUGGGUGGCUAACUUAUCUUUGGGAGAAGAUGAAGAGGCACAGUUAUAUGUGUCGCAGGAGGAGAGGGAGGCGUUUGUCAGGGCCCUGGAGCUGAUAGAGGAUCCCCUGGAACGCCAGGCGACAGAGGAUGAGAAGAAGUUGGAGUGGAAGUUGAAGAUGAUGAGGGAAAAGAAGAGAAGGAGGGAGGAAGUCAACAGAAGAGCCGGGGAGGUUGAGCGAGUGCAAAUCGGAAGGCAGGAGAUACAAGCCCAAACAGAGGUCUCUGCCAAGCUAGACAAGAUGAUGAGCUUCUUAGAAGUUUUGAGUGAGGCCUGGCUGGAGGAGCACCAGGCCCGUAAGGGUCAAGAGGUGACCCUACAAGCAAUGCGAUCCGGGUUCAGAGAAUUUGUGAGCGACGUGGGUCACCACGGGACCGAAUUUAGAAGAUUGAGGGAUGGCGUAGACAAGUUUUGCUUAGGCGUCAUUGAGAGUGCCAAAGCGGUGGCCACAGUAGAGGCCACGACGCGUCCCCGCAAGGAGCCAGUUAAACUCAAGUUUCCAUAUUUAUAUAGCGGGAAGAAGGGAAAAGUUUUGACAACUGGGAGGCCGGUGUCAAUACUUAUGUGUAUUUACAACAUAUCGCUCCUGAGGAACAAGUCCUCGUCGCCUUCCACGCCUUAAAAGACGAAGCAGCCAGCUUCGCCAGGUCCCUCGCACGUGCCGCAGAUUUCGAGCACAAUAUGAUCGCAUAUUCCAAGC